UUCCAAGAUGGCGGACGGCGCUGCCACCGCCGCCGCUCCGCUCGGCGCCCAAGGCCCGGAGGCCGCGGGGACCGGAAGCGGAACCGGAGCCACCGGAAGCGGCGAUGACGCAACUUCCGGUUCCGGGCCUGGCCCCGCCCCCCGGGAGGUGCCGGUGGAGAUCGGAGAGACUUAUAUGUGCCGGAGGGGGGAUGGGAGCUGGCACUCGGCUGAGGUGAUCCAGUCCCGCCUGAACGAGCAGGAGGGACGGGAGGAGUUCUAUGUGCACUACGUGGGCUUCAAUCGCCGCCUGGAUGAAUGGGUCCCCAGGUCCCGCCUGGCCCGGGCUGGGGGCAGCCGGAGCCCGGGGGCGGGGCCUGGGCCCGGGGGGGCGGGGCCUGGGCCGGGGGGGGCGGAGCCUGAGCGGAAGCUGACCCGGAACCAGAAGAGGCGUCAUGAUGAGAUCAACCACGUGCAGAAGACCUACGCAGAGAUGGAUCCAACCACAGCAGCACUGGAGAAGGAGCAUGAGGCUAUCACCAAGGUGAAGUACGUGGACAAGAUCCACAUAGGUCACUAUGAGAUUGACGCCUGGUACUUCUCCCCCUUCCCAGAGGAUUAUGGGAAGCAGCCGAAGCUCUGGAUCUGUGAGUUCUGCCUCAAGUACAUGAAGUACGAGCGCUCCUUCCGCAUGCACCUGGCCCAGUGCCAGUGGCGCCAGCCCCCAGGCCGUGAGAUCUACCGCAAGGGGAACAUCUCAGUCUAUGAGGUGGACGGCAAAGACCACAAGAUCUACUGCCAGAACCUCUGCCUAUUGGCCAAGCUCUUCCUGGACCACAAGACCCUUUACUUUGAUGUGGAGCCUUUUGUGUUCUACCUGCUGACCGAGGUGGAUCGGGAUGGAGCUCACAUCGUGGGGUACUUCUCCAAGGAGAAGGAGUCUCCGGAUGGGAACAAUGUCGCCUGUAUCCUGACCCUGCCCCCAUAUCAGCGCCGAGGAUACGGGAAGUUCCUCAUUGCCUUCAGCUAUGAGCUGUCCAAGCUGGAGGCCACAGUUGGGUCCCCAGAGAAGCCUCUGUCUGACCUGGGCAAGUUGAGCUACAGGAGUUACUGGUCCUGGGUCCUGCUGGAGAUCCUGAGGGACUUCAGGGGCACGCUGUCCAUCAAGGACCUCAGUCAGAUGACCAGCAUCACCCAGAGUGACAUCAUCAGCACACUCCAGUCCCUCAACAUGGUCAAGUACUGGAAGGGUCAACACGUGAUCUGUGUGACCCCCAGGCUGGUGGAGGAGCAUCUGCGCAGCGCCCAGUACAAGCGCCCGCCCAUCACUGUGGACUCCAUCUGCCUGCGCUGGGCCCCCCCCAAGCACAAGCAGCCUAAAGUGGCCAAGAAGUGAAGAGGAGGAGCCCCACAUCUGCUAUGGGGUGCCCUAUAUCUGCUAUGGGGUGCCCUAUAUCUGCUAUGGGGCGCCCCAUACCUUCUAUGGGGUGCCCUAUAUCUGCUAUGGGGUGCCCUAUAUCUGCUAUAGGGUGCCCUAUAUCUGCUAUGGGGUGCCCUAUAUCUGCUAUGGGGCGCCCCAUACCUUCUAUGGGGUGCCCUAUAUCUGCUAUGGGGUGCCCCAUGGCUUCUAUGGGGUGCCCUAUAUCUGCUACAGGCUACCCUACAUCUGCUAUGGGGUGCUGCAUGUUUGCUCUGUGUGCCCCAUGUCUUCUAUGGGCUGCCCCACAUCCCCUAUGGGCUGCCCCACAUCCCCUGUGGGUCUCCCCAGUUCACACCAGUAAAGGUGCAGGUGGAACUGGGA